AUGGAACCUUCUCAAGACAAUAAAACUGCCGAAAACGAUCAUGAAGAGUUUGAAGUGGAGUCUAUAGUCGAUCAUAGAUGGGUACUUGGCCAUUUAGAAUAUCUUAUAAAAUGGAAAGGACUAUUUGAAAGUGAAAAUACUUGGACUGAAGAAUCAAAAGUCACAAAUAAAGAAGCGAUUGCGUCAUAUAUCACUAAAAAAUCACAGAUUACGCACGCCCAAGCUUUGCAAGCAGCUAACGAUAAUUCAGAUUCUGAAAAUUCAAUUCCAGAAGAGAAAAAAGCCAUGGUAUUACCACCUGUUCCAAAUGUUCAAGUUGCGCAAACUCAGCAACCCGUUUAUCCACAAGCAAUGAUUAUUCCUUACGAAUUUCAUCAUAUCAACAUAAAUAUUAAAAAUGACCAAUUGGUUUGCUUUGGCAUUACAAAGUCAAAUCAAUCUAUACCGAUAUCUCCAGAUUACGCUCGAGUGUAUUACCCAGUUCUUUUUCAAAAAGCUGUUAGUCUCUAUUUGAAUAAGAAAUGA